GCUCUGUCCCUCCCUCCUCCUUCCUUCCAUUUACUUGAAUCUGGAGCCGAUCAGCAGCGAGAAGAUGUCGACCAUCACCGUGCCCACACCCCUGCCGUCCCCGGCCGCCGACGCGGAGAGCCUCUGGAAUGCCGUGCAAGCUGCUGGUGAGCCUCGUGAGGUCGUACCGCUGCGCGGAGGAGGCCGUUGACGUGGGCAUCGCGAGGCUCGAGGCGGCGCAGCUAGCGGAGGCCAUCAGGAAGAAGAAGCAGCCGCACGCCGACGAGGUCGUCCGGAUCGUCAGCACCAGGAGCAAGGCGCAGCUCAGGGCCACGUUCCAGUGUUACAAACAAGACCAUGGCAGCUACAUCGAAGAGGAUAUCAACAACUGCAGUAGCAGCCAGUUCGCACGGAUGCUCAAGAUUGCUGUCUGGUGCCUGACAUCUCCUGAGAAGCACUUCGCAGAGGUUAUCAGAUACUCCAUCCUAGGGAUUGGAACGGACGAGGAUGCUCUCACCAGGGCAAUCGUAUCCAGGGCUGAGAUCGACAUGGAAAAGAUCAAACAAGAGUAUAAGGUCAGACUCAAGAGCACAGUGACGAAUGAUGUCAUCGGUGAUACCUCCGGGUAUUAUAUGGAUAUCUUGCUAGCCUUGGUAGGGAAUGAAGAUUGAAAUGAUUUCUCUUUGCAAAAGAUGUAAAAAGUUGCGAAUGUUUUGCAUCAAAAUAAAGGUCAUCAGACUGUACCAGCAGCUGAUAAUGUUGUGUGGGAACUUUGUUUCCCAUGGUGAAGUGUGCAACUUUGUUACAUGUGCAAGAACCAAAUAAUUCACCAAUUUUGUCCUCAUAAUGUUCCAUCUUAUGUUAGCUAAGGACAGAACAGCUCCUCUUGUGUUCGCAAGGGGGAGCGAUAUAAUGAUCUGAGCCCAGGAAACAAUCUGUAAUCUAGAGUCAGCAAAAGAAUUUGACAGUAGAAAUAGUGCAACAUGAUUACAUGAGAACUCGCAGUGGUCUCAUCAUGUCAACAGGUUUCUUGUUUGAACGCAAGGUAAUUAAGGUUGGUCUAACGUGCAAACAGGAUAGCAAAAGAUAAAAUGCUCAUAUGGCUGCAUGAAGUACGAAAGUAAGAUAAGGCCACUUUUUACAGCAAGUACUCAGUCAUCUAAUCAACUUAUUCACUUCUUACUAGAGCCCUCA